CAAAAGAAAAAAAUAUAAAUAAAUAUAAAAUUACAAAUACAUAUAAAAAGAACAAAAACAAUUAUUUGCAAAUUGAUAAUUUCAAUAAUUUAAAAUUACUAUUUGACUAUUAAUUCUUAGAACAUAUAUUUAUAAUUGCAUUACAAUAAAUAAACAGCAUGCAACGAAUAAACGAUAUCGAAUUAUCGCUAACUAAAAAUGAAAACACCACUUUUAAUAUUGAUGAUUCCUUAAAAACAAAAUGUGAUAAUUGUAAAACAACCUGUUUAACCUCAAUGCCUCCUCAUAUGAAAACUUUAGCAAAAACCCAAUCAUUAGAUAGAACUGAAGAUCAAUCUGAAGCAUGCGACGUUAGUCAUAAAGAAUGCGAGUUGGUAGUUAAUAAUAAAAUAAUGGAAAUAAAAGGCGAUAUCCCAAGAUUACAAUCCAGUGAGCACUCUCGUCCAAUAUACCCAUCUCUGAAUUUUAGUCCAUACGGUAGUCCAAGAGGCGGUCGUAGAAAAGCUCCAUUACGAGAGUCUCGAAGAAUUUCAAUCGAACAAAAUGGAAGUUUUUUAUUUCUUAAUCAAUAUAAAUUGAUGGACGAAAUAGGACAGGGUUCAUAUGGCCUUGUUAAACUAGCUUACUCUGAAGAAGAUUCUACACAUUAUGCGAUGAAAAUUUUAUCUAAGCGCAAAUUAUUGAAAAAGGCUGGUUUGCUAGGUCGCGGACCAAAAGGUAAAAAAGGAAUAUCUCCUUUGGAACGUGUUUAUAGAGAGAUUGCUGUUUUAAAAAAAUUAGACCAUCCAAAUGUUGUGAAACUAAUAGAAGUUCUUGAUGAUCCUUUGGAAGAUGCAUUGUAUCUCGUGUUUGAGCUAUUAAAUAAAGGCGAAGUGUUAUCAAUUCCAACGGAUAUGCCUUUAUCAGAAAACAAAGCAUGGUCCGUUUUUAGAGACGUUAUCCUUGGAGUUGAAUAUUUCUUUCCAGUGCAUUAUCAACGUAUUAUUCAUGGUGAUUUAAAACCAGCAAAUUUAUUAUUAGCUGAAUGUGGAAGAGUAAAAGUCGCUGAUCUGGGUGUUUGUAAUGAGUUUAUUGGCGAUGAUGCAUCAAUAGACAAUGGAUCAACGGCAGGAACCCCAGCUUUUAGAGCACCAGAAACUUUAGUUGGUGGCCAGCAUUUAUAUUGUGGAAAAGCUGCUGAUGUAUGGUCAUUAGGUGCUACACUUUUUUCAUUAGUAUAUGGAAAUGUGCCAUAUUCAGCAUCAUCUGUUAUAGAAGUGUAUGAAAAAAUAAAGAGCGAAAAUAUUCAGUUUCCACCGAAACCAAAAAUAUCUAAUGAUUUAAAAAGUUUGAUAACUGAAAUGUUAAUCAAAGAUCCAACACAUAGAAUUACUCUACCACAGAUAAAAAAACAUCCAUGGGCAACUUCAAAUUAUUCUUGUCCGUUUCCUUCUGAAGAGGAAAAUUGUCGUUUAAUAGAAAUUAAUGAGGAAGAGUUGAAUAAUGCUGUUAGCAGCAUUCCAAAAUUAGACACAUUAAUAUUAAUAAAAACAAUGUUAAAGAAGCAUUCAUUUCAAAAUCCGUUUUUGGCUACAAAUAAACCAGUUCAACACGUUUGCACCAAUAAAAAAGAAAAGUUUGUGCGUUCUGGAAGAAGUAAUUCUGCUCCAGGAAGUUACAGAACACUUGAACGUCAAUCACAUGUAACAGACAGUUUGCCUCCUGUUGAUGAGAUUGGAAACUUUGACAACAUUAAAAAUAACUUUCCUUAACUGAUUAAUAUAUUCCAAAUACAUAAAUAAACGUAAACACGCUUCUGGAAAAAC